AUGUCAGCCCUCGGCGAAUCUAUGCCGGAUACCCACCGAGGACAAAGCGAAUCUCCUAAUUGGCACAAGGAAAUCAAAUUCGAAAACGUGCCAACCUUCGAACUCGAAUACAACCUUCAGAAGCGGCAUGAGUGGCUCCUCGACCUACAACAGAUGUUCGCAGGAGCCCCAAAGAAAUACUAUAGCGACGAAAGAAAGAUCAUCGGCGCUGUAUGCCAUAUGUGCCAAACCUAUAGGCAGAGGUGGUACCGAACCUGUACCGAAAAAAGGGAGGUUGAACGCCGAAACGUCACCAAUGACUGGCUCUUCUUCCAGGAGUGGACCCUAAGCCUUAUCAAAAACGCGUCUAGUCUCAUAAUGGCUAUCGCAAAGGAAAAGGAAAAUAUCCACCAGAGAAAGGACGAGGACCCUAGAGAGUUCCACGCCCGUCUCGAUACCCUUGAGCAGUACUUUGAGAGAGCGAGUGAGAAAGAAAGGGCCCGAUCCUUCUUCGUUAAACUAUAA